GCGGCGGGGACGGUGGUGAACGCGCCCCGCGCUCCCGGCGAUUCCCCUCCGCCAUGGCCCUCAACAAGUCCAUGCACGCUCGCAACCGGUACAAGGACAAGCCUCCCGACUUCGCUUACCUGGCCGGCAAGUACCCCGAGUUCCAGCAGCACGUACAGACCACCCUCACCGGCAGGGUGAGCCUGAAUUUCAAGGACCCUGAGGCGGUGAGAGCUCUGACGUGUACCCUCCUGAAGGAGGAUUUUGGGCUUACGAUUGACAUCCCUGUGGAAAGGCUUAUUCCUACCGUUCCCUUGAGGCUGAACUACAUCCACUGGGUAGAGGAUCUCAUUGGUCACCAGGAUGCUGACAAGCAAGUCCUUAGGCGAGGCAUCGACAUAGGGACAGGGGCAUCUUGCAUAUACCCAUUACUUGGGGCAACUUUGAAUGGCUGGUAUUUUCUUGCAACAGAAGUGGAUGAUAUGUGCUUCAAUUAUGCCAAGAAGAAUGUGGAACAAAAUAACUUGUCUGAUCUUAUAAAAGUGGUGAAGGUACCACAGAAGACUCUUCUAAUGGAUGCACUGAAAGAAGAAUCUGAGAUUGUUUAUGAUUUCUGCAUGUGCAACCCCCCCUUUUUUGCCAACCAGUUGGAAGCGAAGGGAGUAAAUUCUCGAAAUCCGCGGCGUCCCCCUCCCAGCUCUGUAAAUACAGGAGGGAUCACAGAAAUCAUGGCUGAGGGCGGAGAACUAGAAUUUGUCAAAAGAAUUAUUCAUGACAGUCUACAACUUAAAAAGAGGUUAAGAUGGUACAGCUGCAUGUUGGGGAAGAAAUGCAGCUUAGCACCAUUGAAAGAGGAACUUCGAAUCCAGGGGGUUCCUAAAGUUACUCAUACUGAAUUCUGUCAAGGACGCACCAUGAGAUGGGCACUGGCAUGGAGUUUCUAUGAUGAUGUACAAGUACCUUCACCUCCCUCUAAAAGAAGAAAAUUAGAAAAACCCCGAAAACCAAUUACAUUUAUGGUCUUGGCUUCUACAGUCAAAGAGUUAUCCAUCAAAGCUGCAGCUCUGGGCUGGGAUGCUGUAGAAGCUAUUGCUGUGGUUAGAGCCUGGGUAGAGAAGAUUCUUACUGAUCUGAAGGUUCAGCAUAAACGUGUUCCCUGUGGCAAGGAUGAAGUUAGCCUGUUUGUGACUGCCAUUGAAAACUCCUGGAUUCAUUUGAGGAGAAAGAAACGAGAGAGAAUAAGGCAGUUACGAGAACUUCCUCGGGCUUCUGAAGAUACUCUGCAAGCAAUGGAAGAGGAAAAAACCAGCCAGAAGAGCGUGAGCAACAACUCAGACUGUGAAAACCCCAAGACUGAAGACUCUGAAACGGGGUUUGUGGCACCUGAGGAGGAUGUUCACUUGACCACAAGUGACGAGCUAACGGAAGAAUCUGCUGCCAAAGAAGAACACAGUGAACACAUGAAGGAGGAGGAGACAGAAGCAAAGUGGGGAGAAAUGUCACUUGGCAAAGGUUCCAGUAAUGCAAAGAAGGAACCUUGCCCUUCAGAGGAAGCUAGCAAUCUGACAGUUGAAAAAGAACAAAGUCCCAAAGAAACUAGUAGAUGUUUUCUCUUUAAGUGUUUAAUGAAUGUGAAGAAAGAAGGAAAUGAUGUAUUAGUAGAAAUGCACUGGGUUGAAGGACAGAACAGAGACUUGAUGAACCAGCUGUGCACAUACUUACGGAACCAAAUUCUUCGACUGGUUGCUAGUUAGCCCUUUUUCCUACUUUGGUAAAGUCAGUCAGUCCUCAGAUUUUGUAAACUAUUUUUAAUGGUUUAAAGUUUUCAGUUAGCAAAACCUGUUUUUUCCCCUUGAAGAAAUGAGUAAAGUGGAGAUUAAAGUCCCCUUUAAUAUUUUAAAUAGCUUUUUCAAAGCUGCAAGUAGUACAUGAAGUGUACUUCAUCAGACAUGAAGUGAUGGGGAAGUAAUACAUUUUGUGCUGCAGUUGUAAAACUACAUGUUAAAGUGAAACAUGUCUAUGCUGUGAGCAUUUCAAAUAUCAGCACUGUUUAUUCUGGUCUUUUUUCUGGUGCAAUAGAAUUAUAUAUUGUUACUAAGUAGAAAUCUUUACUGAAAUAUUUUCUUCUAUAUUUUUUCAAUACUAAUGCAGGAAAUGGUUAGUCUGCUGUGGGAAUUGUUUUCUGCAGUGAGGAGUCUUCAACUAAGGAUUCAAGUAUGCCUCUCUUCCCUUUAAUGCAUUUAACCUUUGGUCUACAGAGUAGCAAGAUGGAUACAUCCUUUUAAGUGUCAAUUCAUUAAAAUAAUGGCUUUAGAAAAACAGCCUGUUGUGCUUUUCUGGUGCUUGGGCUUUGAAACACAGAAGAGCCUACUAUGAGCAUCUGGUUUUGUAAACUUUAACAACAAAAUAAGCUCUUGGAGCUGCUUGGUUUAAAGAGGAUUUAAUUAUGUUGACUGUUCCAUUAGACCAUUCCUUACACUAAUUCAGGUGUAAUUGUCUGAAAUAACAGCAGUAUUCUUAAAGGAUUUUGCUUCCAUUUAAUCCUAAGAGAUUGCUUUAAUGACAGGAAUGAGAGCAUGUGCUCAUCUUCGUGGGCCAGAAAUUCCUUAGGCAGGACAAAGAUGGGUACAGAAGCUUUAGGCUGUUGUGAAGGAGGACAACUGGAAACAAGGCUCUUGCUUCCAUGCCUGACUCUUGAAUCCAUUUUACCACCAGCUGUUUUCUGAGUGUUUCUGGGCCAAUAACCUGUUCCUGUGAGAAGAGAGGCUGAGGGACAUGGGUCUUGGGUGCCUCAGAGAGGGUGUGUGUAUGUGUUUUGAGAUUAUGAGCACUGGCACUGCUUUGCAUGAAGUCAGCCUCCCAAGCUGUGAUCCAUUUCUCUGUAGAGAGAUCUGCAGAACACGGAGAGAAAGUUUUUCUGAGAGUGGAGUGUGCGUGUGUUACCCAAAAUAAAAGAUGCAUUCCUGAUGGACAGAAGGAGAUACUACCUGCCUAUGUUCGUGCUACUGGAACCACUUUGAAUGUUCAGCCUUAGUUGUCAGUAUUUCUGGAAAGAUUAGUAUGUUUUCUUAAGUUGAAAUUAAAAGCAACUUAGAAAAGCCUUAA